AUGAAUUGCAUCAAUAAGAAGCAAAUAGAUUUGUAUAAGAAGGCAAAGUUCAACAAGCCGUCCCUACCUGUCAAGCGAAGUGCACGCGCUUCUAUUGGGCCUUAUGACAGCAGAACGCAUUGUUUAUUCUGCGGAAAUGAAAUAGUAAAGGCAUCAAGUAGUGGCAUAUAUUCUGAAGAAUACAGCUGUGUUAAAACAGAUACAUUUGUGGAAACAGUCUUGUCGCAUUGUAAACAGCGUAACGAUGAUUGGGCAUUUACUGCUCAAGGGAGAAUAGAGUACUUUGGAAAGGAUUUGCAUGCAGCAGACAGUCUGUAUCAUCGGUCAUGUGACAUUCAUUUUCGCACAAAUAGAGGUAUUCCCAUGCAGCACCAAGUUGGAAUUCCUGAAAAGAAAGCACGCAAGGUUGGGAGGCCAAAGGAUGCUGACCAAGAGCAAGCAUUUAUAAGGAUGUGUUCCUUUUUCGAGUAAAACGAUGAAGAGCAACUGACAGUAUCAGAUCUUGCUGAUAAAAUGGGUGAAUAUCUGGUAGAACAAGACUCUGUUGCCUAUGUAAUCAAUACCUGAAGUCCAAGCUGUUGAAACAUUACGGUGAGUCAAUAUUCAUAGCCGAGGGCAAUGGGUUACAUGACAUCGUCACUUUCCGUGAGAAGACCAGCAGUAUCCUAAGGGACUACUUCAGUAAACCGGAAAUGGAUGAAGGAGCCCGAAAGAGCGCUAUUAUAGAGACUUGAGCCAAACUCAUCAAGAGCGACAUUAAGUCAAUGAUUCCACUUUCAACAGAACAGUACCCAAAAGCUUCAGAUGUUGAAUUAAAUUCCGCACCAGAGUAUGUUCCACCUAGCUUACACUGCUUACUCAGGAUAUUCGCAGGAAAGAAGCAAGUAUUGGGCAAUGUAUCAAACAAGCUGUACGACCUAGGGCUGUAGUAGCCCCAUUACAGAUUGGAUUAGCAGUGCAGAUGCACCACCAUUUCAGGUCACGAUUUAUAGUAGAUACUCUGGCGGCAAUGGGUUUUUCUUCCUCAUAUUCCGAAGUUCAACGUUUUGAGGAAAGCGCGGCAGCAUCUGUUGCUCCGGACGUACUAGGUGGUGACAUACACGCACUAGAUGCAGCUCUUUUGUUUGCAGCUGAUAACGUUGAACAUAACAUCAUCACGUUAGAUGGAAAGGGAACAUUUCACGGCAUGGGGAUGAUAGCAGGCAUAACCCCAGGAAGGUAG